AAAUGUCAGCUGCGGAUUCUUCCAGGGAGACCUUGGAAAUGGAGAGUUUCCACACAAGGUUCAGUGCCUGGACACCUUUUUGUAACAAGUCAUUAAACAGACAGCUCUUUCAGGAAAGAGUUGCUCUUAUAAGGCAUUGGUUUGACCUCUGGACCAACAAGCAGCGUCAAGAAUUCUUAUUAGCGAUUUUCUUACGAUGCACUAAAUCUCAAAUAAGAUUUGUUCAAGACUGGUUUUCAGAACGGAUGCAAGUGGCCAACGCGGACUUCUCGACAGUCUUGCCGCGCUCCAUCUCUCUCUACAUCUUUUCCUUCCUGAAUCCCAAGGAUCUGUGUGCGGCUGCACAAGUCAGCUGGCCCUGGAGAUUCCUCACUGAGCAGGAUUGCUUAUGGAGGCCCAAAUGCAUCAAGUUUGGGUGGUUCCUGCCCUAUACACCAACAGAUAAAGAGUACGGUGCUUGGAAGCAUCAUUACAUCGCUUGUGUGUCCAGCUUAGACUGGCUAACACCUCGGGAAGCUGCCGCUAUUUAUGGGACCUUGAAUGAGCCCAAAGCAGGAGAUGAGGAGCUACAGGAGAGACUAAGAGAAAAGUGCCUGAGGAAAAUAAUUUGGGAGAACACUGCACGGCAUAAGAAGAAGUUAUUCAAAGUCCGGCCCCCUUGGUUGAGCGGAACCCGCUGUUCCAGAUUGCUCAAUUCCAAAUGCCAACCGCGUCUCUCCCAGCCUGUGUGGGACCGGCAGGGCCUGCAUGAAGCUUUGGAGAAACAGCUCGUUCUGGCAUCCUUAGAGGCGCUGCCCUCGAGAAGCAAUGUCUCUGGAAGCCGUUCCUACCCGUUAUUGAAGAGCAGCUGGCGCGGGCUUUCUCCCAGUGAUGAUAGCACUUCGCGCACAAGCUCUCCGCACCUGAUAGUCAUUUCAUCUCGCAUUCCUGCCUAUGAGAUGGUGGUGGCCAGUGUAAGGGCAGGGGUAAUUUCUCUGGUGUAUGAUCACAGCGGCAUAACCCUGGAGAGCCUGCUCUACCUCAUAGACAAAGCUCUGGAUGGACAGAGGGUAACAAGCAUGGGGAUACUUAGCAACGGAAAUAGCAGAGAAGUCAAUUUACUCCAAGGCUAUAACAUUGGGGUUAAAAAUGUAUUGCGGCCCGAAGUGAGAGAUUUCUGGGAGAAACUUGGAAGCUACGUGGUCCCUGAAGAAGAAGGGGGUCAUGUGGAUCUCUUUGUGCCACUUGGAGCAUCAGAGUCGGGAGUAGAAGUUCUUUCGCAGCUGUCACAACUCACCGGCACACUCUUUACGGCACCCAGUGGGGUAGCGACCGGCUCUUACCAACACAUUCUCAGCGACUGGCUGUGGCAGCCAGGGGAGAGGCCGCCGCCCUGCAUCUACUUCAGCGAAGCGCCGCUGCAGGCCUGGUGCCGCCUCACGGACGACCUGGACGAUGCCCUGAGGGCCACGAGGAAGCAGCUGGCGCCUCAGUUCCGGGAGCUGCAGGCGAGCAUCAGCGAGAUCUCUGUGGUUGGGAUGGAAAGAAAUGGCAGAAAAGAUCAUCCUCAAGGGACAAGUGUCAGCAAAAGUGAUCAAAAUUUUGAGGAGCUGGUUGAGUUGGAGAGGAAGCUGCAGAUGGACGCGGCCGUCAAGCGGACGAGAGUGGCCCAAGAGCUCCUGGAGAGCGAGAGGAAGUACGUGCAGACGCUGGAGGUGGUGAGAGCCGUGUAUGUGGUGCCGCUGCGAGCAGCGCUGUCGUCCAACAGAGCCAUCCUGAGCGCCGCCAACAUCCAGAUCAUCUUCUCCGACAUUCUGCGCAUCUUAAGUCUCAACAGGCAGUUCUUAGAUCACCUCAGAGACAGACUACAGGCCUGGAGCCCAGCUCACUGCCUGGGAGAAAUUAUCUUGAAGUUUGGGAGGCAGCUGAACAUAUAUACCAAUUUCUUCAACAAUUACCCUGUUGUUCUGAAAACGAUUGAGAAGUGCAGAGAAAUGACACCCGAAUUCCGAGCUUUCCUGAAGAGGCAUGAUAAAACUAUUAUUACUCAAAUGCUGAGCCUGCCAGAGCUGCUUUUGUUCCCAUCCCGGAGAUUUGAAGAAUAUAUUCAUCUUCUCUACGCUCUGCGGCUUCAUACUCCGGCAGAACACGCUGACCGCGGGGACUUGACCGCUGCAAUUGACCAAAUGAAAAACUAUAAAGGUCAUAUUGAUCAGAUGAAACAAAUUGCCAGUAUAAAGGAUCAGCUGUCAGAUAUACAGAGGACCAUCUGGGGGUGCCCGACUCUAUCUGAAGAAAACAGAUAUCUGAUUAGGGUCCAAGAUGUAGCCCAGCUUCACUGCUAUCGUGAUGAAGGAUGCUUCUUUGUGAGGCACUACCAACACACCCGAGACCUCAGUCUGUUCCUCUUCAACGACGCGCUGCUUAUUUCCAGUCGGGCCACGUCUCACACCCCAUUUGAAAGGACUUCCAAGUCAACCUACCAGUUCCUUGCAUCGAUCGCCCUUCAUAGGUUACUCAUAGAAGAUAUUCCAGAUUCCAGAUAUAUCAAGAAUGCAUUUGUUCUUCAAGGCCCAAAACGUGAAUGGAUUUGUGCUACAGAGACUGUGGAUGAUAAAUUCUUAUGGUUAUCAGCACUUCAAAACGCAAUCCGGAGUAGUGUGGAGAAGUGAGAGUGGACUCAAGACACAAUGGUGCCGAGUUUCCCUGGCAAACAGACACCCAUUUGCUUUCUGCUCCUGAACAUUUGGCCAGAAGCAGAAUUAUCUGUUAUGGCUGACAGGAGGAUGAACAAGGAGUGCCGUCCGUAACCAUCCUCUCAGCUUAACUAUAGAGUCCAGAAACUGGGACCACUUCCACUGGCAUUUAAGAGAGAAAAUUAUUUGACAAAAUUUAGAACAAGCAGAGGGCUGGUGAGAUAGAACAGCAGGUAGGUGCUUGCACUGUAUG